UUCGCCUUUUUAUUAACAUUCAAAAUUGUGUUUAGAGUUCUAUACAUCCACUACAAUUUUUCCAACACCAAGACAAUGAUGUUUCUUUAUUUUUCUCCGUGAUAUGAUUUCUUUCUUUUAUUCACACUUCCAAAAUUGUUUGACCUUUUCACUCAUUCCAACACUCACAUCGAUCCACUGGGCUGUGAGUAAACUCCUUAUAAUUCAGCCUCUAACACACUAGUUCGCCUCGUGAGGAAAAAUCCCUUUGUCCCAUUGGAAGAGUAAAUCCUGAAAAAGGAAAAGAAUCCCAUCGGAAAGUCCCCCUCCCCGAGGAAAAGUCUCAUCGGAAUAAGUCCCUCUGUCCAGUCGGAAUAAGUCCCUGCCCUUCGGAAGCAAAGAAAACAACUCGGAAGAGGAGAUGGUGGAAGUCCCAUCGGAACAAAGAAAAUAAAUUGUGUCCCUUCGGAAGCCAAGAGAAGAAGAUAUGGUGGCUCCUCGAAGAAGUAGCUUAGAACUCAUACCUAAUGAGGGCACUCGGAAGAUGACAUUUCGGAAGCGAAAGAAGAGUAUAUAUAAAAAGGCCGACGAGCUUUCGAAGCUUUGUGGUAUUGAUGUUUGCUUGAUCGUCUAUGAAGCCGAUCAAAAGAAGGGGAGGGCAGUUCAACCGGAGACGUGGCCGCGGGAUCCAAAUCAAUUCAAACGCAUUCUCAACAAGUACAAGGAUUCUAAGGAUACGUCCACACCCAGAUUGAAAAGAAACUUUAUUAUGUCUGAUUUUUAUGAGGACAAGAAAGAUCACGUGGAUGAGGAUGACGAAAAGUUUCAAAAUUCAGGGAAGAAGAUUUUUGAGGAGGAAUACCCGACAAAGUUUCAAAAUUUAGGGAAGAAGAUUUCUGAGGAGGAGUACCCGAGAUGGGACGAUCGAAUAGAUGAUUUUUCGCAGGACGAAUUGACUGAGCUCAUUGCUUCACUCGAAUCCAAGAUACAUGUUGCAACCAAGAAGAUUGAUUCUAUGGAAAGAUAUAUGGGGUUUGCUAAGAAACAAAAUCAAAGUUUGGUCUGGGAAGAGAUUAAUCAUGAUGAGCAGCCCUAUCAAGUCCCUGCUUUGAUGUCUCCUCCAUCACUUGUGCAUUGUCCAAUGUUGCCAAGUGCAUGGGUUUCAAGCUCAGAAAAUCGGUGAAGAGCUAAUCAGAACUUGACAACCUGUGUAUCUAAUCCUUUGUAAUGGAAUUUCUAGUAUUGUUUAAUUCGAUUUUGAUGUACCUUUUGGCUAGGGAUAAUAUAGCCCUAUAAUUUUUGUUCA